UAAGGCCACUCCCACUCCCACUGGGCCGGCUUUGGGCCAGUGGCCAGUGCAACUGGCCUCCUCCUGAUGACUCCCGAGCGGAGCCCGUCUGCCGUUUCCGUCUGUUUGGUUUGUUUGUUUUUGAGGUUACAAAUAGUGUGAAAGAAAACGAAAACAGUUCGUCAUGAAUUCUUUUUCAAGGGCUUUUGAUACUCAGUAGUUGUGACGGCAAAUAAAAUUGAACAAUCAACGCUUUUUAAUGCAAUAAUCUUUAAUCAAAACAUAAAAUAUUAAAAUUAACAGUAGUAGACCUAGGGUCCUAGUAACCUAACUUGGGUUCUUGAUCCUCCAAUUUUUUUACUAAGCUACGUAUUUUCUUCUUUAGAAUGGCCCACAGCAGGUUAGAGAAGAUUGGAACAAUUUUUUCCAGAGUUUCCAACUUGAUCAGAACAGGAGCCAUGAACAUAAAUGAUCGUCCCCUAUGGUAUGAUGUUUACAGAAGCUUUCCCCCUUCUGUUCCUCCGAAAUUUGAUCGUCCUGUUCCAAACAUCAAAAUCAAACCAAUUUUCUACAAUGAAGAUGUAAUAAGGGCGAGGUUCCACAAAGACAUGGGAAGAAGUUUGCCUGCAACAAAUUUGAGGGAUACAAACUUUCAAACUCUAACUCAAAAACUAAUAGAACUUUGUCUCAAAAUACAAAAAGAAAAGAAUUUGGAUUUGGACGAAGCUUACCAAGAAGCUUUUCAAGUGAUUAAAACAGAAGCAAUCACUUAUGGGCCAACUGAAACACAGAGCUCAGAUAUUGCCUCUUCUUUUAAAGCUGCAUUGGAUAAAAAAGCCACAAGUGAACAACCUUUGAGAAUUCAAGUGAAAGACAUUCUGCAGGAUAAAUAGUGUUCAUUUGUGUUAUUGUUGUUUUGUAAAUAAUUAUUACUGUAGAUCCAUUCUGUUUGAUAAUUUUCCUGUAAUUUAGCAAAUUUGAAAUUCUCGUUGAAAUAAACUAUUAUUGAAUCUGGAA